AUGACACUUCGAAGACAACAAGAAGAUAUCGCGCGACGUCUAGCGGUUAAAGAUACAGCUUUAAAAACCAAACAUAUGUAUGAUAUUCUUUCUACAGGUAAAAUAGGUAAUAUAAUAGGAGGUCACAGAGAUUUAAAAUAUGAAGAAUUUAAGUCACAAAUAGAUAUUGGAACUUUAGAUAAGACUUAUAAGUUAAACUUAGGCGAAGGACCUUUUAAAGCAGCUUAUACGCCUUCUGGAGAUGCAGUUCUUUACUUUGGAGGUAAUCAAGCUAACUUAAUUGGAACGGCUGAUCUGAAUGUAACGGCUGAAUUAAAAGUGGGUGAUACGGUUCAUGAUGGGACUUUCUUGCACUCGGCUGGAUACUUUGCUUUGGCCCAAACGGGUGGGUUAUAUAUUUAUCGCCGGGAUGGAGUGGAGUUGCAUGUUUUGCGUGAACACGUGGCAGUAAGACGUGUGUGUUUCUUGCAGGACCAUUUCUUAUUGUGCUCCUUAUCCGAACAUGGCCAGUUACGGUAUCAAGAUACAACGGUGGGUAAACUUGUUUCUGAUAUUAGUACUAAGGCUAGAGUACCUGUGCUAACUCAUGAUCGGACUAAUGGCGUAGUAUUUACUGGGAAUAGAAAUGGAGUAGUGAGCUUAUGGAGUCCACGGACGUCUGAGGCAUUGGCUAAAGUGCUUUGUCAUCGGGGGAAGAUUAGUAAUAUUAAGACGAGUGGGUGUGGCCAGUAUAUGUAUACUACGGCUGGUUUAGAGUUGGCCUGUUGGGAUAUGAGGAAUACUUUUAGCCCGGUCCAGAAGGUCUCUUUAUUAGGACCGGCGGCCGAUUUAGCCGUUAGUGAUACGCGUAAAGUAGCUGUGGGCUUACGUGGAGUUGUGCAUUUAUUUGAUAGUGAGGGAGUUAAGGAGAUGGAGCAUAGUUUAGGCCGGAAUAAAGUUGGUGGGGUGACUUUUAUGCCUUAUGAGGACAUACUAGCUAUUGGAACUACGCAAGGGAUUGAGAACAUUGUUGUACCGGGAGCGGGUGCUUUGGAGUACCGACGUGAUGAAAAUCCCUGGGUAUCACGUGCUGCUAAACGUGAAAGUGAAGUACGCCGAAUGCUAGAAAAGAUUCCAGGUGAUAUGAUUUCACUUGAUAGUGAGAUUGCUACGGAAAUGCGCGAAGUCUUUACUGAGGAGAUAGUCCCGAUGAAAUUAGAAACACCAGCUGGAAAAGUCCGUCGGUUGAUGCGCCGGCACUAUGGAUAA